AUGUCGGAGGCUUUACCAAAUAUCGAUGAUUUAUCCAAACUAAAGUUAAGUGAAUUGAAAAAAAUUUGCAAAGAAAAUAAAAUUUCACCUUCUGGAACAAAAACUGAACUCAUCUCACGUAUAACUGAAAUGCAUGGCAAUAAAUUUGUGAUUUUGCAACCUGGUGAUGAAGCUGAACUGCUUGGAGACAACGAUGAUGGUGAUUCAAACGAUGUUAGUAUGUCGCAUUCUUCAGAGUUGAACUGUAGUAAGACAACAUCAGACACUCUUGACUUCCCUAUUGUAUCUGCGACCAAGAGCACUGGCCUUAAGCGUCCUGCUAGCGAUCUUCUUACAUCUGAAGAUAUUCCAAUGAAAAGUGAAACUUCAAUAGAAAGUUUGCCGAUUGUUGAGGACAAGCAUAGCGACUGUAAAGAUGGUACAUUAAGCCUAUCCGAUUCAGAGCGUAUAAUCCUUCGUGCAAAACGUUUUAAAGGUGAAAACUUAGAUAAAGUAAACAUUUUGACUGAUGAUAAAUUGAUUGCUCGUGCUAAAAGAUUUGGCUUACCAAUUGAUGAUGUUAAUGUACAAUAUUCUAAAAAUGGUACAAAAAUUGAUGAAUUGGAAAAGUUGAAGAGACGAGCUGAGCGUUUUGGUCAAACCACUAGCAAAACGUUGGAAAAGUUGACCGAUUUAGAGCGUAAAGUUAAACGUUUGGAGAAAUUCGGUGAAACAGACAUAUCAUUAUUGAUAAAAAAAACACAUGUAAAUGAUGAAUUUACAAAAUUGAUUCGAGCUAAAAAGUUUAAUCUACCAAUAUCAGAGAAUAAUUUAUCUGAAAGUGAUAAAUUAUCUAAGCGUCAAAUACGUUUCGGUUUAGUUGAUAGUAAAACUUGA